AUGGAGUUAACUUUUUCUUUAGACACUACUUGGUGGGUGUUUACUCUCCCAGCUGUUCUGGAAACUCAAAACUUGUUUAAUGGUUUUGUUUUGUUUUCAAUCUUCAUGUCGCUUUUAUCAAUUGGCUUUCUAACCUGGGCUUUCUCCACUGGAGGUCUAGCCUGGAAAAAUGGAAGGAAUCAAAUGGGUUCAGUCCCGAUUCCUGGACCUCGUGGCCUUCCUCUCUUUGGCAGUUUGUUCAGCUUAAGCCACGGCUUGGCUCAUCGAACUCUUGCCCGCAUGGCUUCAAUCCAUGGUGCCACUCAGCUCAUGGCAUUCAGCUUAGGCUCAACCCCUGCCAUCAUCACCUCUGACCCCAAAACUGCUCGUGAAAUCUUAACCUCUCCCCAUUUUGCCAAUCGUCCUAUCAAGCAAUCUGCUAAGACCCUAAUGUUUAGCCGUGCCAUUGGGUUUGCACCAAAUGGAACAUACUGGCGGCUCCUUAGGAGGAUUUCAUCAAAUCAUCUAUUUGCACCCAAACGCAUUGCUGCCCACGAAGCCGGACGCCAGAUGGACUGUGCCAUCAUGUUGGAUGCCAUUACCACUGAGCAAUCACUUCAUGGUGGUGUUGUCUUACGAAACCACCUCCAAGCUGCCGCGCUUAACAACAUUAUGGGGACCGUGUUUGGCAAAAGAUACGAUCUCACGUGCAAUAGCGACGAGGCAAAAGAACUGAAUGAGCUUGUUAGGGAAGGGUUUGAGCUCUUAGGUGCUUUCAACUGGUCCGAUUAUCUCCCAUGGCUUAGCUACUUGUAUGAUCCUUUUUGUGUCAACCAGCGUUGCUCAGAGCUUGUUCCUCGUGUCAGAAAGCUUGUUAAGAAAAUAAUAGAUGAGCACCGGUACCGGCUUGGUGACUCGAGCAAGCUCUCUGACCAUGCAGAUUUUGUUGAUGUUCUACUCUCUUUGGAUGGGGAUGAGAAGCUUGAAGAAGAUGACAUGGUCGCGGUCUUAUGGGAAAUGAUCUUCCGUGGUACUGACACUACCGCACUUUUAACCGAGUGGGUCAUGGCCGAGUUAGUUUUAAACUAUGAAGUGCAACACAAGCUUCACCACGAGCUUGACAUUGUUGUGGGAAACAAAAAUAUCACGGAUGCUGACGUAGCCAAAUUACCCUACUUGCAAGCCAUUGUGAAGGAAACCCUACGUGUUCACCCACCUGGGCCACUCCUAUCAUGGGCCCGGAUGUCCACGUCGGAUGUCCAGCUAAGCAACCGCAUGGUGGUCCCGGCCAACACUACGGCCAUGGUGAACAUGUGGGCCAUAACCCAUGACCCAAAAGUGUGGGAGGAGCCUUUAGUGUUCAAGCCAGAGAGGUUCUUAGAUGCUGACGUGGAUGUUAGGGGAGGAGACCUUAGGCUUGCACCCUUUGGGGCUGGUCGUAGGGUUUGUCCAGGCAAGAACUUAGGGCUUGUGACUGUGACCCUUUGGGUUGCUAAAUUGCUUCAACACUUUGAAUGGGUUCAAGACAUGGCUAACCCAGUUGACCUAACUGAGGUGUUGAAGCUCUCAUGUGAGAUGAAGAGCCCUCUCUCUGUUGUGGCUGUUUCGAGGAAUGGUGUUCCACCUAUUUACGCUUAGG